AUGACAUCGGAUGGAAUUGGGAGUGUAAGAAAAAGACACUACAGAGGAGUGAGGCAGCGUCCAUGGGGAAAGUGGGCUGCAGAGAUUCGCGAUCCAAAGAAAGCAGCGAGGGUAUGGCUUGGAACAUUCGAAACUGCUGAAGCUGCAGCUCUUGCUUAUGAUGAAGCUGCUAUCAGAUUCAAAGGAAGCAAAGCAAAGCUUAAUUUCCCUGAAAGGGUUCAAGGCACAGCUAGCGAAUUUGGUUACCUCACAAAUCAGUACAUGUCAUCAAGCAGCACUAAUUCUAACCCUAUUGCUCCACACUUGACUACUCAAGAAACUUAUUCACCAAGUCACUUUCAAUAUGCACAACAACAAUUCAUGAGUGGUGGGAGUAACAGCUUCAGUAACCAAGAUAUGCUUCGGUUCUAUGGGGGAGACAACAUGUUUGUUUCUUCUCAGCAGUCUGCAUCUUCGUCUUCUUCUACUGCACUGUCUCAGCAGCAGCAAGAAGAGUUGCUGAAAUUUUCGAUGCAAUUUGGAGGUUCUUCUCAUUCUAAUCAUUCUGGGAAUUGGAGGGGUGGACAUUGAA